AUGUACCGAUUAAAUCUUAAUUAUAAUACAGUAAAUACUAAAUGGGAAAUUAUAGGUAUCUCUGUUCAUGGAUCUGCUCAGAAUUCAUCGCCCAGUGAUGAACCAUUGCCACGAACAACGCCAGACCAGCAUCCGCUAUUACUGAAAAAACCUGGUUUGGUCCAGAAAAACGUUUCUAUACCUUACCUGCAUUUAAAUCAACUUUUGUGUGAUAUCGCCGGAGCUGGUGAUGCAUUUGCUAGAAAUCAAUUGAAAAAUGAACAAAAUAUAUCAGUCAAUGCUGAAACAUUUAUUUUACCAACGGCUGAGCAAUUUUUACAUUCAUUGAAAGAAGCAAUUGUGGCAGCUGGAUUAGCUGUCAGCAAGUAUGGUACGAUGGAGAGUUUUCCAUAUUUAGAAGUCAAAGAAAAGCUUGAAUAUUUUUAG